AGUGAUUGUACGCGUUGCACAGCCAACAACACCAAUCCGAUUCGACUGUCUGCUACAAAACUUUGUCUUCAUAAAGUUAAUCAGUCUUCUCAAAGGCGUAGCAGAUCCGAAUAUUUAUAACUGAAAAUGCCAGCUUCGCCGAGCUCAACUUCCGUGGGGUCUGGUGGACGGUCACCAAGUAAAUCUUCCGCAGUCCCAAGAUCUUCAAGCGGCAGUACAGUACGACAACGCAAAUCUACUACCACAACUACAGCUGCUCGGAAUAGAAGCACUGGUGCAGGCUCCGGUGGUAUGUGGCGCUUCUACACCGACGAUUCUCCCGGCGUAAAAGUUGGACCAGUGCCAGUGUUGGUGAUGUCUCUUCUCUUCAUCGCGUCAGUGUUCAUGCUUCACAUUUGGGGAAAAUACACUAGAGCAUAAAUUAUAGUUAAUGUUUUUUAAUUUUACUUCCAAGAGAAUUUGAGAUCACGAAAGGGAGGGGUAUGCUGAGAUAAAUUAUGUAAUCUUAUUCUUAAAUAUAAGUUUUUAUUUA